UGCAGCCGUGCUUGCACGCAACCGGACGAAAUCUACUCGAGCAAGGACCAUCGACAACUUUUUAUUAGUCAUUGUUCCUUCCCAAUAUAGAUGUCAAAGCCCUGACUGACCAUGAUGUUGAGUGCUACAGAAUCAUUGACUUUGUUAUUAUGGGUUGUGUUGAUCGCGUCGUCUGUCGUUGAUGCGAUCCGAGUGCUUCCAUCCGCGGAACGAUCUGCUGCCGAUGAAGUAGUGUCUUCUAUUUUGUUAGAAGAACCGCCGGAGCUGCCAGUGAGCAGUGCGGACCGGCAUCGAAAAUUGUCGUCGACAGUGGAGGUUCCCUUUCCAGCGACACCGGAAGAUCAUGAAAUUAAAUCUUUGCCUCUCUUGGCCGAAGGCACGUUGACUACCAAACACUGGGCUGGGCUGUUGCCGGCAUCGGCGGAAAAAGACAAGUACUUUUUUUAUUGGCUCUUUGCGCCAGAUACAUCCCAGCAUGCGGAACUCAAGGAUGGUGCUAUUCCUCUGGUGAUUUGGCUCAAUGGAGGUCCUGGCUGCUCGUCGAUGGACGGCUUGUUUCUGGAAAAUGGACCUUUGCGGUUUGAGAAGGAUGAAAGUGGCAGCUAUAAGCUCGUGGCGGCACAGCACAGUUGGCACAAGACUCCCGCCUACAUGCUCUACAUUGAUCAGCCAGUGGGUACUGGACUCAGUUUUACGACCUCCAAAAAGUAUCCCAGGAAUGACCUCGAAGUCAACCAGGACUUCUAUUACUUUUUUCAAUCCUUCUUGAAAGCUCACAGCGACAAGUUUGUGACCUCCCAACGAUUGAAUCGGCCCUUUUAUUUCUCGGGGGAAAGCCAUGCCGGCCACUACAUUCCUUCCAUGAUGGCAUUCAUCUUGGAUCAGAACAAGCAGCUUGGACCCGAUGCCAUCAAUGUGCCUCUUUCUGGUGCCGCAAUUGGUAAUGGAUGGGUCGACCCCUUUCAUCAAUAUGCUGCAGCGGAAGCUGCAUAUGGACAUGGUAUCAUUGGCCUGGCACAAAAGGCAGCUUUCGAAGAAAAGGAAAAACAGUGUCAAGCAUACAUCAACGAAAAGAAAUUCACUGCCUCGGUAUGCUUCAAUUUGCUCGAUGAUAUUGUCAAACAAUCCUAUGGUUCCAAAAGCAGCUUCAAAGUCAGUCAGUAUGAUAUUCGUCAAGUGGAAACGAGAGGGGGAGACCGAAACUUUCCUCCAGGUCACAAAGUGGUCGAGGCUUACCUUGGUGACAAGGGUACUGCAGCAGGAAUUACAACAUCGACAAUGAACGAUGCAUUGCAGGCCAUCCAUGCCUCUGAAUCCAGAGCAGCAGGGCAGAGGUUCCAGGAGUGUACAGACCCCCCAUACAAUGCACUCAGUCAUCAAGACGGACUGGGCGUUGUCAAUGAGGUCAUCCAGGUUCUGGAAUAUGAGCCAGCAGAAGGUGAGACAGAUGUCAGACUGCUGUUUUUCAAUGGUGUAACAGAUUUGAUAUGCAAUCAUGUUGGCAAUGAGAUCAUGUUAGAACAGUUGAGUUGGAAACACCAGUCUGACUGGACCAAGGCAGCACGAUCCGCUUGGAAAUCCAAGUCACAAAAAGGCGACAAAAUUUCAGGAUAUAUGAAGGAGUUCAAAAAUCUGCUCUAUCUGAAAGUCAUGGAUUCUGGACACAUGGUUCCCAUGGAUGUGCCGGAGGUGUCAUUGGACAUGAUGCGAUUGUUUGUUUUCGGUGGGGAAGGGGCCUUUCAGUACAGUCCACAAGCUUUGGACAGAUCCAUCAAAACUGAUGGAACAUGUCCUUCCUGCCCAGUAUGUCCAGCUAACAUCACCAAUUUCCAGAUUGAUUCACUGAGCAAGGGCAGUGAGGAUACGGAUGAUGCAUCAUCUGCAGACAAUACGAAGCUGUAUGUUGGAUUGGGGUUAUUGGCAGGGGUCAUUGUUGUCGUUAUUGGUCUGCAGUUCCGAUCCAAACGCAAAACACGUGUCAAUGGUGCUUCCUAUGAUCUUGAAAUGAGGGGUGGGACAUACUUUGAUGAGCCAGAACCUGCCGAUGGAGCUUCUACCGAUGGUGACAAAUCCGCAUCGAAUUUUCGUGAAAGAUAAGCAUCAUUGAUUGAACUUGUCAUUACCCCUUGGUAGAGUGCUUUGUAACUGGUUUACUAGCUACCGUGGCCGGUUUGUUUU